CUGUGGGCGGGGCCAGGUGGCAGGCUGCAGAGGCCUGGCAGCGCACGGGGCCUCAUUAACGCCGAGGCUCAGGCCGGGAGAGGAGGUCGAGGCACUGGGUCUGGAGCUCCAGGGCUGCUGGAACCUUCCGAAUCCGUGUGACCUACAGAGGAGUACGGAUUAGAGGCGGAGACUGCACUUCUAGGCCCUGUGAAAGGCCGUGUGGGACUCAGCUCCGAGAGAGAGAGGCUGUGGUCAGGGCAGACAAGACUUCACCUGGGUGUCCCCACACAAGAAACAUCCUGACCAUUGAGGAACAGACUGUGUACGGAAGGCUCCCAAUCGCUUUCAGAAGCUCUCCAAGGGCCGCUUCAGCUCAGCUCAUUGGCAAGGACUGACCUCCCGGGACCAUGGCCCACAGUCUGCAAGAGGAAGUGACCUGUCCUAUUUGUCUGGAAAUUUUCUACUGUCCCAUUUUACUGUCCUGUGACCACAUUUUCUGCUUCCAUUGCAUGCAAAGGUGGGUGCUAGAACACAGGGACCUGAAAUCGGCCUGCCCCAUGUGUCGGGGGAUGACUGAGAACCCCGCUUUGGAAGAAUGGCAGAUUGGGGCACUGGCCCUCCUGGUCAGGCAGCACAGCAGUCUACUGGAGAGAGCGCUGCACUUGAGCAAGGAGCCCCUGAGGUUCCGGGAGGACGUGACCCUGGAGGCAAGCAGCGCCAACCCCUUUCUUGUCCUCUCGGACGACCUGAGGAAAGUUCAGUGUGGGAGGAUGUGCCGCAACCCAGUGGAAGAUCCCCAGAGGUUCACCUACCUGGCCUGUGUCCUGGGCGCCCCCCGCUUCUCCUCUGGCUGCCAUUACUGGGAGGUCCAGGUGGGAGAGGCGAAGGAGUGGACUCUGGGCAUCUGCAGGGAGUCGGUCAACAGACAGAGGAAGCGCGGCUUCUCGCCGAAGCAUGGCUUCUGGUCCAUCAGCCUGAAGGUGGGAGCAAUCUGCACCAGCUCCGUCCCAGAAGCCAGAGUUCCUGCAAGCCCUCGGCUUAGCCACGUAGGGAUAUUUUUAGACGUCGACAUGGAAGAACUCAAGUUCUUUGACGUUGGUGACAACGCCCUCAUCUACACACACGAUCACGUCUCGUGCUUGGAGCCUUUGCGUCCGUUCUUCUGUCCUGAGCUGCCCGGAGAAGGUGACUUUGGGGCCUCCCUGAAAAUCUGCUCAUGAGAAACUCAGCACUUUCUCGAAGCUUCUUCAGAGCUGAAUGAGACCUUUGACCCGAGAAAGAUCAGAAUGACCCAGGGAGAGAAAAUGUGCUGUAGUAGAAAGAUUUGGUGGAUUUUGAAAGAUUCUGUAGACUCGGCGACUAACCACCUUGUGGGGUAUGUUUGGUAGUUUUUGUAGCUAAACAACGAGGGGGCUUUGCGGCAGGUCGAGAAGUGCUCUCGGCCUCCGCUUUCCUAGUCUUCAGGUGGGGAUAAUUACAUUUCUCGGCCAAAUAGUCAUGACGAUCAGAGACAACGUGGUGCAUUUAUUUUGUACUGAACGGGGAACUUUAGAUUGUAAAGUCAAAUAAAAUGUCUUGUGGG